AUGAGAGACCUCUCUAGGGAACAAAAUCCGAAGCAAAAAGGGACACUUCCAAGUGACACAAUUGCGAACCCAAAGGGUAGUGGGAGUGGUCAAACUGAUCAUAUCAUGGCAAUUACUAAUCGGAGUGGGAAGGUACUACAAGGAUGGAGUGAACAAGUGGUUGAAGUAGAAGAGUCCGUAAAUGAGCUUGAGGUUGAAGAGCCAAGUGUUGUUGAAGUUGAAAAGGUUUCGGAAGAGUUGAAAGUGCAAGAAGAAAACCGGGAAGAGGUAAAGGAAAAGAAAGAAGACCCGGGAGAUUUCACUAUUCCAUAUACUAUUAGGGCACAUGAGUUUGCAAGAGCCCUUUGUGAUAAUGGGGCUAGCAUAAAAUUAAUGCCUCUUGCCAUUUACAAGCAAACAGGGUUAGAUAUGCCAAGGCCUACAAGUAUGAGAUUGCAAAUGGCCAAUCGUUCUAUAAAGAGACUGGUGGAAAUUAUCUACGAUGUGCUUGUUAAAGUGGGAAAGUUUUAUUUACCCGCUGAUUUCGUAAUCCUUGAUUGUGUGGUUGACAAAGAGAUCCCUAUUAUUUUGGCAAGACCAUUCCUAGCCACAAUAAGAGCACUAAUAGAUUCGGAAUGGAAUGAGAUCAAAUUCCGUGUGAAUGAUGAAGAGGUCAAAUUCCAAGCAAGAAAAGGUAUGAAACUACCACAUGAAUAUGAAAGCAUCUCGGUGAUUGAUGUUGUUGAUGAAAUGGAAAAUGCGGUUGAAAUGAAGAUGGAAGGACAAUGCCUCGGUGAGGUAGAACAAUUGUUGGAUGUCUUGAAGGAGAAUAGGCAAGCUAUUGGAUGGACAAUUGCGGAUAUCCGAGGGAUUCCCACCAGAAUUUGUGAACACAAGAUCCAAUUGGAGAGCAUUGUAUUGGGGCAUAAAAUUUCAAAACAUGGCAUAGAGGUUGACCGAGCAAAGAUCGAGAUCAUUUCAAAGAUUCCUCCACCUACUUCAGUUAAAGGUGUUCGAAGUUUCUUGGGGCAUGCCGGAUUUUAUAGGCGUUUCAUCAAGGAUUUUCCCAAGAUUGCAAAUCCUAUGUGCAAACUCCUUGAGAAAGAUGCAAAAUUUGUGUUUGACGAGAAAUGA